AUGCCGGUUCGUGGAGCUUUGGACCACAGCUCACAAAAGACUCACUAUACAAUUGAUACGAGUGAGAGAAAGAGAAUCAAAAAAGAGGAGAUCUCGGCUUGUCCUUUCAUUUCUCAUGAAGGUGAGAGUGCAUCUUUGACCAAACACAGGUAUAACUUGUAUGAAAAGGUGUGGAACCACCAGCUUGGCGCCAUUCAGAGGAUUCUUAACUCAGCUAAUGAUCAGUUCUUUGCUAAUCUUGUUCAAUUUGUUGACAAUCCUUUCCCCUCGAAACUAGCUACCGCGUUUUUAGGUCUUAGCUCAAAUACUGCCAACAAUCUUCGUACUCUCGAUGAGUUUGCAGGGCACUUGUAUCAGAGUGGAAGAAAUCAACAUGUGAGGUUAGUAAUGCUUGAUUCAAAAGAAUGUAUCCACAUAAAGGCAGCCAUGAGAGAGUUUAUCAAGCAGGUACUUGAGCCAAAGCUGCGUCUUCAAGAUGAUCCCAUUGCUUCGUUCGACGAGGAGCAGGAGCAAGACCAAAAAACACAGGUCGAAGAGGACGAGGAUCUAGAUGCUGUCGACGGUGAUGCCGGUGACGGUGGCCGUAUAUCCUACGAUUUUGAGAUUGUGGAAGAAUGGGUGGACGCUUAUAUCAAUCGAACGAAUUCCAAGGAACACUUUCGCAUAGUAGUUGUGCUUCAAGAUAGCGAUGCAUUUUCCAAUGAAAUUCUCAAUCAGCUCGUGCAUCUCCUAAGUGUUUACUGCAAAACAAUACCCAUAAAACUCAUCAUGGCUCUCAGUUCGAAGGGAAUCAGCGACUGGAUUAGCAGGAACAUAACGAGCCGUCUGAGGACACUUAUUAAUGCGACAAAACUAGAGGCUCGUAACAACAAGGACAUUUGUUUUCAGGUGAUCGACAACAUCUUGUUACGAAACGAAAUAACAUCUGAAAACCCACUUCUACUAGAUGCUCAGCUUUCGCUGAUUGUUUUGAACAGAUUUGAGAACUCGAAUAAUUCGAUUGACUCUCUAGUCACUGAAUUUAAGUUAACGUAUAUGAUACAUUUCUACCAACUGCCUCUCUCCAUUAUGGUUGACCCAGACUUCGCUCCCCAGAGUUUCCAUUUCGAUGCACUACGAAAGCUUCCGUCUUUCAAAACACACAUCGAGUUUCUUUUGCAUAGCUUUCAAAAUCUCAGGAAUGAGAAGAACGACGAAGAUGCACAGGCAAUGCUGGAAAAGAUCAAUGAACUACUCACCAGUGACCAAGCAAUUUACGAUCUUUUCCGAAGUGCUAGACUGCAACUUCAAAAAUAUCAAAACGCGGUCAUGAACGCCAUUCAUAUCAUCCAUUUUUUGAGUAGUGGAGAAAAGCAGGUAUUCCAGCUUUACAAGCUUGUGACAAAUAAUCAACUCAUCAACUCUUCGUACCUAAGUGAUGUUUUGAAAACAAUAAGAAGUUUCGAUGACGCUCGGAUAAAGAGGUUUUCGCAAUUCAUACAAAGUGAAACAAUAAAGAUCACUAUAGACGAUGUGACAGAUGAGGAUACCCUCGGGCUCAAGAGAGCGUUGAGCAGACCCGGGAUAACCUCUGAGCAAUUACUCCGACUCAUCACGGACUAUUUGCAUGAGAAUCCUGCGUUAAACAUGAAAAUCAGUGAUAAUCUUUUCAAUGAAGUGUUGACAAUUACGGGUGGAAUUAGUGAGAUGGACAAAUUCCUCCCAAAAGUCACCAUUGAAGAGAGUUACGAGAAUCUUAUGAUCAAGCUCAUCAGGCCAAGGCUGAAAGAGGCCCUAGAAUCUGCUCUCGACCAACCUCAGCAAUUCUUAAAGAAUAACUUGGUUUUGAGUAUCACAGAGAAGAAGCACAAUUCGCUGAAGGUGAUAGGUCCACUUCUUCCGAAAUUGUACCACAUCUACAAGGAUGCACCUGUGAACAUAAAUAUAUGGGACUUCUUUGUUGCAUUCAAGCUGUCAAUCCCAAAAAAGGAGAUUUUAGACGAGCUCAAGAAGCAGAUCCGAGAUUAUGUUGGAGAAUUCAAAGAUCAAAUGACAAAUAUGCUUAAUGAUGCGGCAAAGGAUGACACGAAGUGGGAAAGAUUGGUUUAUGCAUGGUUUAUACAGAGUAGUGCAGAACUUACGACCAUGGGAUUCCUUCGUGAGAAAACGAAGGGUGAUUACGUUGAAAAGUUGAUUUGGAAAAACCUUUAA